AUGUCAUACGAUGACACCCCUGACGUUGUGUUCAAUUCACAAGGCGAUGGCUUGCCUGAGGCAUCUGGGAUCUUCCAAGACCUAGAUGUCUACAACGCGCCAUCUGGCAGCCCAAGCGAGGCGGAUUUUCCCUUGAAACCUGACGGAACCUUGGGCUCUGAUGCAGGAACCCAACCCGUAAACCGAAAAGCCCGCGUUGCUCAUUUGCCUCAACCCACGCCUCCCCCUACAGUAGCAGCGGCGAUAGUCGAGGAAUCGGCCUCGGAUAUCCCGUUUCUAUAUCAGGGCUGGUCUGAAGGAGAGAUAGCAGAGGAACUUCUGACCCCUGAGUCAUUCUAUUGGUGGAAGGCUCGUGACGCCAUGGCGGAAAGGGGGCUGCUUCCCGAUAUCCCGAUGAUUUAUCCCUCUGGCGUGAGACAGCAUCAAACUGCGCCGACUUCUGCGACCGACAAACGGACCCUCAGAUGGGAAGAUCUCAGCUUGGGCGUUCGAUGGCUCAUCAUUCUGCGCCUUAGCGAGCAGCGCCCGUUUUCCGCGGUCAUAAUCUGGCAACUUGAUCUUUCCAAGCAACAGGUUCAUGACUUUGUCACCAGUUACGUCAACUUCUGUGAUCAGUGGAACGCUUUUGAGCACAGCGUUGCGGAUAGAGUCAAAGCCUUUGGAGGACAUUCCGAGCAGCAAGAUAUGCUGUGCGCCGAGUGGAUUCAUGACCACCGUCCAUGGAUGCCCCACGACCGCAUCACUCAGGAUGAUGUUGAAAUGGGUCUUCUCUUCCUUUCCGAGCGCGGAAUUGUCAACCAUAAUGUCGAUCUCCAGGCAUGGGUUGAUGAGAAAGAGCCCAAGGACUUUGCUCGUAUUCAGAUUGACCUCCCCACCUUGAAGGAUUGCAUGGAUUACCGACUUCUCCGACGAGUUGCUGUCGCUAGGCUGGUGGACCCUGAUGUGAUUUUGGAUGCCAUCGUACAGCAAAGGAUGGACAAACGCCACAAUGAGUGUAAUGAAGGUGAGCCUGAUGAUGAUGACGGUGAGCUCUCCCCCGAAGCCCAAGCUGUCCUAGACACCAUAUCGAGAGGCCCACGCAUUGGUGAGCCGAUGCCGAUGCCGAUACCACGCUAUCAGCGAGAACAGAAGGCAGACGAGGCCUACAAGGCUUUGAAACGGAUGGUUCCAGAGCUGCAGCCUCAGUAUGCUCCAGGAGGAUUGGCCAAGACUCAGUGGGAGAUUGACAAUGGGCAUCCUUCUGGAUAUAACUGGGAAUACACUCCCCUUCAUCUCGCAGAAGAUGCGGCCGACAUGGAAUCCGACCCUCUCCCCGAAGGAUUGAGUGUGCAAAACCCUUCUCGUCUUGCCGCCAUACGACAGGAGAUGGCUAAGCGACAAGCCGCCAGGGCCGCCGGCCUAUCUACUCAAACGCCUGCCAAUUCCCCAGGCAAGCAAUCGCCUGAGCAAGCUCAAAGGUCUCGUAUCGGAACUGCUCAAGAGCGCUUCAUGACAAGCAAUAACAAGGGGCAACUCAUGGUUGGCUUCGCGGCAGACAUCCCUUCAGUGACUGGACAAGAAGUCCCCAAGAACCCUGGCUCUGUAACCAGACCGUUUGCUGAACUAGCAUGUUGUAGCCAACCUGAGGUGCUGCCGAGAGCAGUGGAAGAGGAACCCGAACAAAGCCUUCCAGAUGUGACAUCCGCAGAAGACCUUGAGCCAGAUUCUACCAAUGUUGUGUUGGAGAGAAGCAUGCGAAAGCGUCGGCCUAUUCCGAGAAGCUCCAAGGGAAAAAAGCGCGGCCGUCCAAGCCAAAAAGAAGGCAAGCCGGCGAAGCCAAGGGCUCCCAAGACGCCAAAGGCUCCCAAGAUGCCAAAGGCUCCCAAGACUCCCAAGACGGGCUCGAGCCAACGCAAGAAGCCGACACCCAAGAAGCUGCAGCAACAGCAGCAACAACAAGAAGAGCAACCACAAGGGCAACCACAAGGGCAACCACAAGGGCAACCACAAGGGCAGCCACAAGAGCAGCAACAACAGGAGCAACAAGGUCAACAAGAUCAACAAGAUCGACAGGAGCAGAAACAGGAGCAACAACAGGAGCAACAACCACAGACGCAGCUGUAA